AUGGGAUUCCAACUCAGCACCUUUCCUUUUGAGAUUUUGAGAAGAGUUGCUCUUUGGAGAGCACAGUACGAUGAAAGUUGUAAGCUGUGUUCGGGGGGGAGUUAUUGUCUAUCGUUGGCCUCUAUGGUAGAAUCAGUCGGGGGCCUGAGAGGCGGUAGUUUACCCUGUGGCGGAUGUCAGCGGUUCGAGUCCGCUUAUCUCCAACUCGCGAAUUUAGCCGAUACAAAGCUAUAUGAUAGCACCCAAUUUUUCCGAUUCGGCAGUUCGAUCUAUGCUAUGAUUUAUCAUUCAUGGACGUUGAUAAGAUCCUUCCAUUUAGCAGCACCUUAG